CACUCAGGCCCAGGCACGAGAGGGCAUCAUGUCGUACGGCGGUGACAGCUACGGCAGCUUCGGCGGGGGCGGCGGCGGCGGCGGCGGCUACGGCGGCGGCGGCGGCAGCUACGGCGGCGGCGCCGAUUACGGCGGCGGCGGCCAGAGGGACCGCUCGCGCUCCCCGCGCGCCGACCGUGGCGGAGACGGCAAGGAGACUGGCACCGCCCUGCGGUGGAACGAGAAGGGGUUCGGGUUCAUCAAGCCGGACGACGGCGGCGAGGACAUCUUUUGCCAUUUCUCCUCCAUCCUCGACGGCAAGAAGCUCCUCGAGGGCACCAAGGUCAAAUUUGUCAAGCGGUACGACGACCGCAAGGGCAAGGAGCGCGCCGAGGAGGUGACGGGCGGCUUUAAAAAAAACCCCUGGGACCCCCACCAUUUUGGGGGGCAAAAGGGCGGCUACGGCGGCGGCGGCUACGGCGGCGGCGGCAGGCCCAACGACCCCCCUGCGCCCGUCGCUGGCGGCGUGAGCGGUCCUCCUCCUGCCGGGAUGUUCUCUGGAAAAGUGAUGCGUUGGAACGAGCGCGGGUUCGGCUUCAUCCAGCCGGACGAGGGCGGGGAGGACCUCUUCUGCCACCACUCGCAGAUCGAGGAUGGCAACGCGCUCGCGCAGGGCGCCACCGUCCACUUUGUCAAGCAGUGGGACGACCAAAAGGGCAAGGACCGCGCGGUCCAGGUCAAGGGCGGCUUCCACGAGGCGCGCCCCGAAGGCGGAGGGAUGGGAGGCGGCGGAGGCUACGGCGGCGGAGGCUACGGCGGCGGAGGCUACGGCGGCGGCGGCGGCGGCUACGGCGGCGGCGGCUACGGCGGCGGAGGCUACGGCGGCGGAGGAGGCGGGUACGGCGGCGGCGGCGGCGGCUACGGCGGUGGCGGGUACGGCGGUGGCGGACGGUACUAGAGGCGCACCAAGCCAAGUUCCGCGGUACGGCGAGAGGGCUGAGGGCCUCGACGCGCGUGCUGCGCCCAUCCGCUUCCCGUUCACGCAUGAGAGAGGAGAGCGCACACCCGCAAUUUCGCUCUGCCUCUGGCGCGCGGUCUCUCUCUGCCGACUGCCGCCGUGCCCGCGUGUAUCUUUUCGGGCAUGGUCGCCGAUGUCUACACGUAAAU